AUGACAUCACCAGAAGAUGCAGCUCUGGUCAAGCCUCCGCCAUCCUUCUCAGGAGCUCCCAUCACUGUGCCCAAGUCGAGAUUCGAUGCGGACUCCGUGCAGAGCUCUUCUCGGCCGCUCAGCUCGGAGAUACGUGAACCUUCGGUCAUAGGCUCGCCCAGAACCCCAUUCUCUGCCAGGAGCGAAUCUCAGUCUCGCUCUUCAUCGCCCAGUAACCGACUUUCAGGCUCUGCAUCUCUCCCUCAGCGAUUAUCGCUCGGUUCACCACUCGGCAGCCUUCCAGACAGCUCCGACAAUACAAGAUCUUUAAUAAUACGUUCCUUUUCUCCCUCAAUCGGCAUAUUUGCUUCGGAUGACACGGAGGAUUUAAUAAGACAAAAGGGUUUCAAAAAUGGCCUGAGAGAGCUGCUACGACCGUUCGGCGAGAAUAUCACCGGGAAAGUCGUUAUUCGCGAUAGUACGGGGAUGAGUCGCACUUGGGAAGAUUAUGGUGUCCGUUUUGUAAAUCUAUCCCCAAGCAGUGACCGCGGAAGUCAUGCUCCUCCCACAUCGCCUUUGGUGCAGCUUGAAGAGGUACUGCAAAGACGCCUCGAUUCUAUGGAUGAUUCAACGAAUAGAUUGUCGCGUCACAGUCAGGUACCGCUCAACAACAAAUAUCUCGCUUCUCCUUUAUACCAGCUGCUUUUGCGCCGAAUCCUAUCCAUAGACCAACCUACACCCCAUGAAACAUUCUUACAUCCGGUAGCCUGCGUGAUCGCCAUAAGUUCGCAUAAUAAAGCUCCGCUCGAAUCGCUGCGGCAACUCUAUGCUCAGACAACUCAAGGCGAUACAGCGCCGCCCUCUUACGUACAUCCUGAGUUUCUCCGAUACUAUGUUUUGGUGCACGAUGAAGAUCGAAGCGAUAUCGCGGAAUCCACCACGCUCUACGAUCAGAUGAAACGGCAUUUCGGUCUUCAUUGCCACCUUCUCAGGCUGCGAAGUGAUCAAUGCGUGAUUACUGAUGAUGAUAGCGUUGAAGUACCGCCAUGCGAAUGGUUGUCCCCUGAUGAGGAUCUUUCAAGCAUGAACGAAACCAAUGCAUUGAUAGAUUUUGGAACCGGGGUUUAUUAUCUUUCCGAGAGUGACAUAUCGGCUAUCAACUCUUUGGUGCGUGAACUGGUGGUUCAAUCGGUCAUACCGUUUAUGGAAAAUAAAGUUGCAUUUUGGAACGACCAAGUGGCGUCAAAGCGACGAGGGAUUAGCGGAAGGUUUAUGUCAAUGUCCAGGAGAUGGACUGGCUUUGGCUCCAGCUCAAAAUCGACUUCUUCGGGUCCAUCCUCGGGGAUGACGGGGAACUAUAAUACACUACAUGGCUUCUACAAACAUGAUGUGCCGGAGGCGAUCCUUCGAAAGCUUGCUGAUUUUGCCUUUAUGUUGCGGGACUAUAAACUUGCUGCAUCUACAUAUGACUUGAUUCGUUCGGAUUACGCAAACGAUAAGGCGUGGAAGUAUCACGCUGGUGCUCACGAAAUGUGUGCAAUGAGCACACUGCUUAAUCCUUUGACGUCUGCCGCGAGGGGCAAGCUCGAGGGAAUCGAUCAGAUGAUUGAUACAGCAUGCUAUUCCUACCUCACGCGGUGUUCUGACGCGGUCAGCACUCUGCGCUGUCUUGGACUUGCCCUUGAACUACUCAAAUCGAGGGGUGGUUCUGCGACUGAAAGCGCGGCAAAAUGGGCCAUGCGUGCCAUAGAAUUGGGUCUUGCUGGUCCCAUUGGACAAGCACUUCUGACCGAACGUGUCUCGGCUUGUUAUGCUUCAAAGACGACUACUGGUGGUGCAAAGUGGGGAGCACGACAUAGAAAAGCUGCUAUGUGGAGUGUACUUGCCACCGACAGUUGGUUGAGACUGGGUAAACCUGCACUCGCCUCCGUCUGUCUGGAGGAUGCAGAUAAUUUAUACACAGAAAUAUAUGAUAAAGACGGCAUUGUUCCUAUGCCUGAAAUGCGGAUGUUCAUCCAAAACCUGCAGCGAGCUGUCAAACUUGAGUAUCUUGAAGCAAAGGGCGUUGAUACCACUGAUGAACUGAUGAUGGAUCAAGAAUUGGGGACAGAAGAGACCAGCGAGAAGCUAGACCAUCGAACAAAUCGCAAAUCAUUGAUAAUGAAUCCCGGCCCUCUUGACGCAGGUCCUCUUAAUCCCAUGCCACAUGACGGCAGCAGCUCCAACCGACCUGAUGAUGAUUUUGAAUAA